UUUAUGCAUCAGUGCUUCAAAAGUGUCUUCAAACGUUGCUCAAAUAAAAAUCCAGAAAAUGAAAAGCAUGAAUAAAUGCUUUUCCAAAAAAUUUUAAAGUUUUAUAGCUUAGUGCUAACAGCGUUAUGGCUAGAUAUGUUGACCUCUUUGCUUUGUGUAGUAUUGUUAACUCUUGGCGUCUCUGGUGGUGAUUAUCUAAAAGGAGCAACUCAAAAGGGACUUGAUUACGUUCGACAACUUGGAAUACCAUUUCUUGAGAAAGAAAUUGGUACACUUUCUAUACCAGAUGUUUUAGGAGAAACAAAUACGCCGGUUGGAACCAUAUCAUACGGAUUGUCGAAGGUAAUGUUAAAAGACGUGUCUAUACCAAAAUCCAACAUGACGAUAAACCAAAGGACAGGUUUGACAGUGACAUGCAAUGAUGCAGCAUUGGACGUCCAUUCAAAUUGGCGCUACAAAGAAAAAAGUUGGCCACACAUUAAAGAUAGUGGAACAGUUAAAAUUGAAAUGAGAGAAAUACAUUUAGAAAUUACAUUUUAUAUAGAUUCAACAAACGAAAAACAACCAUUAGUAGAGACAAGAAAAUGUUUGUUGCAAAUUGGUAACUUAAAAUUAAGAUUUCACGGUGGUGCAAGUUGGUUGUAUAAUCUAUUCGCUAACACAAUUGCUUCCGAUUUGAAAGGAGUCAUCGCAAAAGAGGUUUGUAAAGCCGUUUCUAAAAUGAUUGACCAAGAAGGCGAUAAACUUCUUCAAGAACUGCCAGAAGUUGUCAAUUCGAUAAAAACGCACAUAGCUUUGUAUAGCAAAGAUGAUAACAAUAGCUAUCAAGAUAAAGUUGAACAUAAUUUGUAAAUAUAGUUUUUAAUAGCAUAAAUAAUGUUUUUAAUUUA